ACAGACAGUUAGGAGACAGUGAACUCUGUGUCUGUACAAGAACCACAGUGUGUUUGAUCUUUAAACUCUCAACAUGGUUGAUGCAUUUUGUGCAACUUGGACACUGGUUGACAGCCAGAACCUUGAUGAAUUCAUGAAAGCACUGGGUGUUGAUUCUGCCAUUAGGCAAAUGGGCAAUGAUGCCAAACCCACAAUUGUCAUCAGUCAUGAGGGUGACAAAGUUGUCUUGAAGACGCUGGGCUCCGUCAUAAGCACUGAGAUUUCUUUCAAACUGGGAGAGGAGUUUGAUGAAACCACAGCAGAUGGCAGACAAGCAAAGUCCACUGUAACCUUGGAAGGAGAAAGUCUUGUUCACAUUCAGAGGUGGGACGACAAGGAGGCAAAGAUUGUUAGAGAAAUCAAGGAUGGUAAAAUGAUUAAUACCUUGACCUUUGAGGGUGUUCAGUCUGUCCGCACAUAUGAAAAGGUAUAAUGUCAAACUGAUGGAUGUUUCACUGUUACUUUGGCGUUGUGACUGUGAUUUAUCUGAAUGUUGCAGAAUGUCUCUGAGGCCUGCCUUUCUGUCAAACUGAAUGAAAUAAACACUUGAUCAAAAACUGAUUCUGUCUUAUGCAAACGCUUCAUUAUCAUUAGAUUGAUAUUGAAGUUUCCAUA